CCACAUUACAUAACCUUUCCUAUACUACGUAUAUUUCUCAGUAUAAACGGGAAUGUAAAAAUUAAGCAAGAAGAAUAAUGUACCACAUGGACCUCUCACUUUCUCAUGAAAAUCCACUGGCAUCUUCAGAUGUGCACUCCGUCCAUCAUAAAACAAUCCGCAAGUCGCGCUUUGAUUUUCUUAUAUGAUUCGUUCAUCCUCGAGACCGAUCGGUCACAACUGGUCACAACCGAAACUACAAUUUUACAGUCCCGCAUGAACAAUACAGAAAUGCUAUCUGCCUGUCGUCAGGAUGUUAUGACGUGUAUAUAAAAAUUGAUUAGCGAGUGUUUAGGAAAGCGGAAAGUCAGAGUUUAGCCAUGAUUUGUUUUCUUUAGGUAAACAGUGCGACUUUUAAUUUUAAUUCAUGGAUUUAGAGAAGAAAUACAACACUAAAAGUCCAGCUGUUAAAAGGUUAAUGCGAGAGGCAUGUGAACUUAAAGAUGCCACUGAAGAAUAUUGGGCUCAUCCUCUAGAUGACAACUUAUUUGAAUGGCACUUCACUGUUCGAGGACCUCCAUCCACAGAUUUUGAAGGUGGUGUGUAUCAUGGGCGUAUAAUUCUUCCUCCUGAGUAUCCUAUGAAACCACCUCAUAUAAUUCUGUUGACACCAAAUGGAAGAUUUGAAACCAACAAGAAAAUAUGUUUGAGCAUAUCAGGCCAUCAUCCAGAAACUUGGCAGCCUUCCUGGUCAAUCCGUACAGCACUUCUUGCAUUGAUUGCUUUUAUGCCAACUCCUGGAAAUGGCACAAUUGGAUCCUUAGAAUAUACUCCAGAAGAGAGGCAAACUUUGGCUCACAACUGUCAAGGAGAAGACAAUGUUUCUGGAAAACACACUGACAAUCAUGCUGCGGCAAAUCCUGAUGGCACACCUUACAGGGGAAAUGCAAGUCAAGUAAGACACAGAGCAACUCUGCCUCCUGGGCAAGUUUCAAGUCUUCCCGAUCAACAAUCCGUGGUAUCUGGCUCCAGCAGUAGAGGCAGCCUCAGAAAUAUACUUAUAUGGGUUAUUGUUAUUGCUAUUGUAUUAUUAAUAUUUAGGAGACUUUUUUUGUUGUGAAUAUUGACCUAUUUAUACGCUUGAUCAUUUGUGAUGUAUGAAAUUCUGAAUGGUUCAUUGUAUGGUAUAAUUUUGAACUGAGAUUGAGAUAAUAAAUGUAUUUCAGAUAUAUGUACCUUGCUGUUAAGAGUAGCAAGAACAUUAUGAAGAUUAGUUAAAUUAAUUUUCAAGAAAAAUAAAAUGGUAUAAAAGCUUUAUGAUAAGAU